AUGUCACUCUCUGCAAAAGCAAUUUACGACCUCACAGGUCUCGUAGCAGUAGUGACAGGCGGAGGCACAGGGAUAGGCCUCAUGAUAUCUUAUGGACUUGCUGCGAACGGCGCUAAAGUGUACAUCACUGGGCGUCGUCUGGAAGUCUUACAGAAGGCUGCUGAUGUAUGGGAUCGAGGAACUGGCGCCAUUAUACCGCUGCAGAUGGAUGCUACCAAUAAGACGAGCAUUCGCGCUGCUCGGGAUCAUAUAGAACAGAAAGAAGGCCGAUUGCAUAUUUUGGUCAACAAUGCUGGUCAGGUUGGACCUACAUCUCCAUUUCUCAACGAUCUCUCUGCGCCCGAGCACCAGAGUGCUGAAACACUGGGAAGGGCCCUCUUCGACAACGAGUCCUUUGAAGGAUGGGCAGAUCUGUAUACCAUUAACACCUUUUCCAUAUUUUUCGUUAGCACGGCAUUUGUUGGGUUACUGGCGAAGGGAACGAAGGAGAAGGAAGCGAGUGGGUACACCUCCUCCAUCAUUAAUACAACGAGUAUAAGUGGCGUUAUCAAGGUGGCUCAGAACCAUUUCUGUUACAAUAGCGCCAAGGGCGCCGCCUCGCAUCUCACGAAGCUCUUGUCGACGGAGUUCGCACUAAAGGGCAUUCCAGUCCGUGUGAAUGCCAUUGCCCCAGGGGUGUAUGCUUCGGAGAUGACAUUUGAUACUAUAACUCCAGAGCAAGUCGAUAAGAUUGGGAUGGGAGUUCAUCCUGUACCCGCAAAGAGGGCUGGAACCGCGCAGGAGAUGGCCGGAACAGCGGUAUACCUUGCGUCGCUCGCUGGCUGCUAUACGAAUGGCCAAGAGAUAGUUAUCGAUGGCGGAUACGUAGCGGUGAACCCAUCCAUCGGAUAA